UUCCCAUUCGGUGGAGGUGGAGAGAAAAGAGAACAAUGGUGACAUAUACACAAGAGGACUAGAACAAGCUAGGUCCUUAAAAUUUCAUAUUCUUCAUAGAGUAAUGAUUUGUAUACUCUCCUUUUCCACCUCCACCUCCAAGGAUUAAGAAGAGAAAAAAUAAAAAAGAGUGAUAUGAUAUGUGAUGUGACAGGAAAUGCAGAGAGAGAUAGAAAGAAAAAUGUGUGGAAAAGAGAUGGGAGAGAAAGUGGAGUGUGAGUAAAUCAUUACUCAUUCUUCAUACCAUGUGUCAAGCACUUUGACACUUGAAUGCCACCAAUAACUGGAACCACCGAACAAGCAUCCAUCCCAAGCUGCCACGGGUAAAACACAUCCUCCCCUCUCAAUUCAACCCUCCCAUAUAUAAAAAGUUCCAAACCCACACAAUCCAUUUCAAUUCGAAGCUCACACUUCAACUAAACUUGUAUUUGUAAUUUCAUCAUCAUCAUGAGCCAAGAACAACCACAACGACCUCGUGCCGAGGACGCCAUCAAAUACGGCGACGUAUUCAACGUCUCCGGCGAGCUGGCAUCCAAACCGAUCAUGCCAAAAGACGCAUCUCUAAUGCAAGCAACAGAGAAUCAAGCACUCGGGACAACCCAGAAAGGCGGCCCCGCUGCCGUCAUGCAAUCUGCAGCCGCCCUGAACGCCUCCGCAGGCCUCGUCGGCCGUGAAGACAUCUCCGACGUGGCCAAGGACCAAGGCCUGAGUGUGUCCGAGGCCAAAGUGGGUGCCAACCGCGUGAUCACAGAGUCCGUGGGCGACCAGGUUGUGGCGCAGUAUGUGGAGCCAAAUGUGCUGAUGAAUGCUCCUGGUUCGGUUCUGGACCCGGAUUCGAUAACCAUUGGGGAGGCGCUUGAGGCGUCGGCGCUGUCUCCGGCUGGUGAUAAGCCGCUGGAUCAGAGUGAUGCAGCUGCGAUACAAGCUGCUGAGAUGAGAGCCACCGGGAAGAAUGAGAUCCAGCCUGGUGGUUUGGCCGCCACGGCGCAGUCGGCGGCCACAAGGAACACUCGGACGCUGCCUCAGCUUCAGAAGACAACCUUGUCUGAUGUUUUAUCGGAUGCGAAGGAGAAGCUGCCAUCAGACAAGGCGGUGACACGAGAAGACGCGGAGGGAGUGAUUGGUGCAGAGAUUAGAAACAAACCGGAUAUGAGAACCACCCCUGGUGGUGUGGCUGCAUCCAUGGCUGCAGCAGCCACGCUUAACCAAAACACGAAAAGUGGUGAAACUUGAAGAUCAAUCCAAGUUUCCGUCGUAUAUUUGUAGCAUGCAUCCAUGGCAAUUGGCAAGCAGUGAAAUGAAGUCCCCUCUUGAGUUUGACUUAUGUUUUGUUUGAAAAAAGUACAGCACUUCUCGUCUUUUUAUAUUUCCUUUUUCUUUUGUAGCUUUUAUUUUUAUUUUCUAUUGCACUUCACUUUUUUUUUUUGGUCAAAUUUGCACUUCACAUAUCUUCCCUUUUGUAUUUGGGCCAUUAAUGUGCUUUUAAACAUUUCAUUUUGUCCUUCAAUUCUGCGUAUCUUUCUUUUCGUGUCUUUAAUUUGGUACAUUGUUCUUUAAAUUUUUUGGUCGGUCAAUGGUCUUUUACA